AUGAGUAAAGAAUACGAAAAACAUAAUCUACAACCUAACUUCAAACCAAUUGAUCAUUUGUUCCAAGACAGAUUGAGACAAUUUAUUGAUGGAGGUAAAUAUCGAGACUUGAACUUGCCAAAAUUCUAUGACUUCGAUAGAGUAGAUACGAACACGGAAUACAUAAAUAUAAAAAGCUACAAGGUACCAGAUGAUAAAAAUGGAAAGACUCAAAGACCUUUGUUCAAAGAUAUAAAUUGGGAUGAAGUGGAAUGGAAAGAUAGUAACAAGGGGGAUAAUUUUGGUCCUUCGUGGAAGACCUUUUGGUUCAAGGUUGAAUUUUCGAUUCCGUCUGAAUGGAUAAGUAAAAACCCAGAAGCUAUUGAAUUUCAGUGGGAUAGUAAUAAUGAGGCCAUGAUAUGUAACGACAAGGGAUUGCCUUUGCAAGCGUUCACGGGUGGUAAUCAAAGAACCUUAUUUAGAGUGCCAAAACGGUAUUGGAAAGAAGGUAUCCAUAGAUUCUACGUAGAAAUGGCAUGUAAUGGAAUGUUUGGGAAUGGAAGUGAUGGUUCACCCAAUCCUAAUAGAUACUUUCAAUUAAGCAAAUGUGAUUUAGUAUUGCCAAACUUAGAAGCAAGAAGGUUAAUGUGGGAUUUCUGGAUAAUUGGUGAUGCUGCAAGGGAGUUUCCAGGUAAUUCAUGGCAAAAAUGGCAGGCAAACCAAUUAUGUAAUGAUAUUAUGAAUACAUUUGAUCCCGAAAAUGUUGAAUCAAUAGCAGAUUGUCGUAAAUUAGCAAAGCGCUAUCUUGGCGAUAAGAUUGAUUCAGACGAGGUAUUUGCUACUGAUUCUAGAAUUGAUGUUUUUGGAGUUGGUAAUUGCCAUAUAGAUACUGCUUGGGAAUGGCCAUUUGCAGAAACCAAAAGAAAGAUUGUUAGAUCAUGGACCACGCAAUUGAGACUUGCGGAGGAAUACCCAGAAUAUGUGUUUGUCGCUUCGCAAAUGCAACAGUUCAAGUGGUUAAAAGAAUACCACCCUGAAAUUUUGAAACAAAUUAAAGAUAAGUUUACAACUAACCAAUUUUUGCCAAUUGGUGGUUCUUGGGUCGAAAAUGAUACAAAUAUACCAAACGGGGAAUCCUUGAUUCGUCAGUUUUUAUUGGGACAAAGGUUUCAAUACAAUGAAUUUGGUAUCUAUUCCAAUAUAUUUUGGUUACCAGAUACUUUUGGGUAUUCGUCUCAAGUACCACAGAUUUGUCAACAGGUUGGUAUUAGUAACUUUUUGACUCAAAAGUUGUCUUGGAAUAACAUUAACCAAUUCCCACUAAGUACAUUCAAUUGGAUAGGUAUAGAUAGGUCACAAGUUUUAGUUCAUAUGCCACCUGCAAACACCUAUACCGCUAGUGCAAACUUUGGUGAUAUCAAAAGGUCUUUAGAACAACAUAAAAAUUUAAGAGAUGUUCCAACUGGAUUAUUAUUAUUUGGUCAUGGUGAUGGUGGUGGUGGACCAACGGAUGAAAUGUUUGAAAAAAUAAGAAGAUGCAGAGGAAUGUCGGAUACAAGUGGUUUAAUGCCAACUGUACAUUUAGGCAAUACAGUAGAUGACUUUUAUGAAGAUAUUUUGGAAAGAUCAAAUGGUGGUAGAGAUUUACCUUCUUGGACAGGAGAAAUUUAUUUGGAAUUUCAUAGAGGUACUUAUACCACUCAAGCUUAUGUUAAAAAGUUAAUGAGAAUUAACGAGAUUAAAUUGCACGACCUAGAAUGGUUAGCAUCAUUGGUUUCAAUUACGAAUAAGAGCUAUAAGUACCCAAAAUCCGAGAUAACUGCUUUAUGGGAAGAUCUUUGUUUAUGUCAAUUCCAUGAUGUUUUACCAGGUAGUUGUAUUGGUAUGGUAUACUAUGAAGAAGUUUGGCCAAUGUUAGAAAAGGUAUUAAAGAAUGCUAACAAGCUAAUUAAUGAUGCGUUGAAUAUCAUCAAGGAUGAUGGCAAAUUUACAUUAUCAUCAUUGAAUUACCUUAAUACUUUACCAUGGCCCAGGAGUGAAAUAUUAAGAAUCAAUGAAACGGAGCACCCUGAUCUAUUUGAUGCGAUCACUGAGGAGCUCGCAGCGAAGGAGGGGAAAGAUUUAAUCAUUUCAGUUACAAGUAAUCAAGGUGUAACCAAGAUUAAUUAUAAAUCAGAAAUUAUUUACCCAGCAUCUGUUAUUGAAGAAGGAGACGUAUUUGUUUUAUCUAAUAAAAAGAUAAAGGCUACGAUUUCUAAGAGCGGGAUUCUAACAUCUGUAAUUGAUUUGGAGCAUGAUCGCGAAAUUAUUGAUGCUACUGCAACAAAGCAAACUGAUAGUGGUGAAAGUAUUGGAGGAAAUCAGUUUGUCUUGUACGAUGAUGAGCCAUUGAAUUUCCCUGCUUGGGAUACCGAGUUAUAUUCGUUGACUAAAUAUAAACUUUUGACAAAGAAUGAAGUAAGCAUAUUAGCCAACAAUGAAUUAGAAUCGUCGGUGUUGAUCAAAACACAUAUUUCUGAUAAAUCCUCUAUUGAAACUGUUGUGUCAGUUGAAGGAUUAACUGAUUUUAAAUCAGUGCAAAAUAACUUCAUUAAAUUUAAGUCCAAGGUUGAUUGGCAUGAGACAUACAAAUUCUUAAAAGUACAAUUCCCAACAACCAUUUAUACGUCUCAACAAGCCAAUUAUGAAACCCAAUUCGGAUUAACAUCAAGACCUACCCAUUAUAAUACUAGUUGGGACAUCGCAAAGUUUGAAGUGUGUCACCACAAGUUUAUGGAUUUGUCAGAGUUUAAUUAUGGUGUAUCUAUUUUGAAUAAUAGCAAGUAUGGUGGAUCAAUUCAUGGAAACUUGAUGACGCUAUCGUUAUUGAGAUCAGCUAAGGCUCCAGAUGAUAAAGCGGAUAUGGGCCAACAUGAGUUUGAAUAUGCUUUGUACCCACAUAAGGGAACCUUGGGCUCCGACACCGUCAAGCUAGGCUACAAUUUCAACCAUAGAUUAACCCAUGGAGUUAAUUCUACAAGGUUGCCUGAAUUGUUAAGUUCGAUUAAGUUAGAUAAUGCAGGAAGUCUCGUCUUGUCCCACUUAAAGAGAUCAGAAGACGAUGAAGAUGUUUCAUUACACGAGAAUAUUCCAAUCAAAAAUAAGGGCCAAAAGUCAUUUAUUAUUAGAGUAUACGAAUCUUUAGGUGGUUCAAGCUCGGGUAAACUAGAAUUCGACCUCAAUGUUCUCUCCGUCGACAAAAUAUUUAAGGCAAAUGCCCUUGAACAAGAAAUUGAAGAAAUUCCGUUUGACAAGGGCAGUGCAUCUAUCAGAUUGAGAGGUUUCGAAAUCGCAACCUACAAAGUUGUAUUGAAAAAUUAA